AAAGAAAAGCAGCCUUUUGUUGAGUUUGAAACAGAGCUUCGAAAACAGAUCGAGUUUUGUGAAUACAAAUUGGAUGGACAAUCAUACAAUGAUCGUAUGUUGAAGGAACGAAUUGUCAUUGGUGUGCAUGACAAGACGUUACAAUUGAAGUAAUUGGAAGGAAAGGAUGAGUCAUUGCAGAAAGUCAUUGAAACGUGCAAGAUGUAUGAGGCUGCAAAUGCACAUAAGGCGUUGUUGAACACAACUAGUCAAACAAGUGUUAACAGUGUGGCUGAACAGGAGCCAAAGGAAACAGUCAACGCAGUAGCACGUCGUUGCUAUAACUGUGGUGGCGAUUUCGCAGCAAGGCAUUUGGAAACAUGCAAAGCUAGAGAUAUCAAUUGCCGAUCAUGUGGACGCAAAGGUCAUUUCCAACGUUGGUGCAAAUCAAAAGGAAAGCAAACGGGCAACAAAGGAACGAAACCGGACAGCUGCUAUAAUCAUGUAAAACAACAGCAACACUCCCUCAACUGGGAAGGCACAGAAUAAAUUCAAACUAUGUUGGAAAUGAGAGGAAGCGAUGGCACAAGGAAUACCGAAUAGCGAAUAAAUUGGUUAGGUUUAAGCUUGAUACAGGAUCGGAUGUGGACUGCAUUCCGGCCAGGAUAUUUAAAACUUUUGGAAUAAGAUUAGAAAACAAAAAUGAAAAUUAUUCGGUUUAUGAUUAUAAUGGAAAUAAAGUAAGUGUUCUCGGAACAGUUAAAUUAAAAUGUUUGGAUGAACAGUCAAAUACGGAACAGUCGUCUCACUUUAUUGUUGUCGAUGACGUGUGCGAACCGAUUCUAGGACUCGAGUCAUGUGAAAGAUUCGGAUUGGUAAGGCGAAAUGAUGUAGGGUCGGUCGUGUGCUUGUCACA